UAAUAUUUACGCUGGAAGAUUUCUUGGAUUCUCCGUCUAUAUAUCAGAAACAGAGAGUAAAGAUAAUGGCAGUUUAUGUUUCCAUGACACCGAGUACAACAUGACAACAAUACCAGCUGUCGUUAACAUCACGUGCCAGUUAUACGGCCAGUAUGUUAUUUAUUAUAACGCAAGGAAACCCGACGAAGAAUACCCACCUGGUUAUUCUCAGUAUGCCUACAGUGAGCUCUGCGAAGUUGAAGUUUAUGGAUGCGCAUUAGGAUAUUAUGGAUCUAACUGUUCACUCAGAUGUCCCAUGCAUUGCCAAAAUUGCGAUACAGAAACGGGUGCCUGUUCGUGGUGCGAUACUGGAUAUAGAGGAGAAAAUUGUGAUUUUCCCUGUUUAUCGGGAACCUUUGGUGCAAACUGUACCAGUCAGUGUGGGCACUGUGCCGGGUACUGUGACAGUAGAUAUGGCAAUUGUUCUGGAGGGUGUACAGAGGGGUAUAAUGGGAUAUUGUGCAAUGAAG